GUAGAAGUGCCUCCUCGCCUGCGUCGAAACUAGAAGAAUCACUAUUUUCGCCGUCUGACCCAUCACUGGAGCAUGCGCCAUCAUUUCUAGAGGACUUUGACUCAGUUCCGCUAAAGGCGAACGCUCUUACUUACGCACUACUGAAUCGAGAGAAUGAGGUUCCUGUCAGGAAUCAAGUCGAAGUACCGUCCUACGGCCAAUAUUCCGCAUCUCUAGUAGAAACAAAACUCCCUAGUCAUGGCUCCUCACCUACCAUGGAUGUCAAAUCGCUCAAAGAACCGAUAUCAAGCCGAACGUUGUCCAAAAAAGAACAGAUCAUCUUGCUAAAGGCCUCGAGAAUCAACGGCUUUGUUUUCCCUCCUUGGAAAGAGCCACCCGUUCCGUCCGAGUUUCACCUCGAGUAUCAGGCUGAACCCUUCCUGGACGUCGUGGAAUUGAAAUUUUCUUCACAUCAGAUGGAGCAUUUCCAAUCCUGGGCACGCGCCAAGGAUGCACUUCCGCCUCCGUCCUGGUUUCCUGGCGAUCGAAAAGAUCUGGUUCCAACUAUGCGGGCUAGUCGUUCCGUAGAUCUUGUUCAAGAUGCUGCCACGGACUGCUCGGUAGUCGCCAGCUUAUGCGCGGGCAUAGCAAGGACAGAACGGGGCCAUGAUUCGGUAUUCUACCAAACAAUAUGGCCUCACGACCAGCCGAGUAAAAGGCCUACAAUCUCUCCAAACGGGAAAUACGUCGUUCGCCUGAAUUUUAACGGCUGCUGGAGAAAAGUGAUUAUUGACGACCGACUUCCACUGUCAAAAACAAACCGAACCUUACAUGUGGUGGACCGGAAGAACUGUGGACUCUUGUGGCCCGCACUCCUUGAAAAGGCUUACCUCAAAGUAAGGGGGGGCUAUGAUUUUCCUGGAAGCAAUUCUUGUAGUGACCUGUGGGCAUUGACUGGAUGGAUCCCCGAGCAGAUCUAUCUGCAAGAAGGCGAUCUCGUCCCAAGCCAGCUAUGGACACGUCUUUACGCCGCCUUCCUUUAUGGCGACGUGCUCGUUACAUUGGGCACUGGCAAAAUGACACAUCGAGCAGAACGAGAACUAGGCUUAGAAGGCCAGCACAGCUACGUUAUUCUCGACAUGAAGGAGACUGACGAAGAGAAAGCCUUGCUGGUUAAGAAUCCUUGGCUUGAUGGGAAAGGCUGGAGAGGCCGUCGCCCGUCACUAGACUUUUUAAUGGAAGAUUCGUCACUAAAUAGGACUUAUCCAAGGUCAAAGGAAGCAACAAAAUCAAACGCAAAGCACAAUCCCUAUCCCUCAACGUUCUGGAUUGGCUUGGAUAGUGUGGUACAGCAUUUUGAGAGCUUGUACUUGAACUGGAAUACAGGUCUCUUCAGCCACCGACAGGAUAUCCAUUUCUCAUGGGACCUGCUGGAACGCUCCACUGCCUCUGGCAGUGUCGCAGACCAUCCUCAAUUUUCCUUUACUUCUGAUGUUGGUGGGGUAGUCUGGCUAGUUCUGAGUCGCCAUUUCCGAGACACACCUGUAGAUGCGCAUAAUCAGUCGGACGCGUUCAACGAUGGAACGGUCCGCUCUGGUCGGGACAAGGCCACCGAUGACGACCCUUUGAAGGGCUACAUGAACAUCUAUAUUUACGAUCGACAAGGCCUGCGCGUGUUUGUCAAGGACAAUUACUUCGAAAGAGGUCAAUACGUCAACACACCGCAAAGCCUACUCCGCUGGCAAUGCCAGCCAAACUCUACCUACACCUUAGUGAUAGACCAGGAAGAUUUACUGCCGUCGCUCUAUACCUUUACGCUUUCGGCGUUUUCGAGCUCUACCAUGACACUCGAGCAGGCCCGGAAGAAGUACCCACUCGAGAAAAGGAUAUCCGGCAGGUGGACAAGUGAAACGGCCGGAGGAAACACACACUCCACGAAGUACUUUGACAACCCACAGUACAGUCUGACGAUCGGACAUCACACUCCCUUAGCCAUUCUGAUCCAGACGCGUGACGGGCGUCAUCCUGUUCAUGUGAAGUUAGUCCAUGGGCACGGAAAGCGGAUUCACAGCAUUCAAAGCCGAAACAUUCUCGCAGAUUCUGGAGAGCAUUGCAACGGUUGUGCUCUGGCCGAAGUACAUGACGUUCCUCCAGGAACGUACACGAUCAUCUGCUCAAUGUUCGAAGCCGACCAAACCGAGGAGUUCUCAUUGACCGUAUACAGCGGGUCUAAAUGUGUCAUCCAACCUAUACCUCGGGACGGUGCUGGGAUGGUGCCAACGAGGUUGACCGAUGCUUGCUUCAAUAGCUUGGUCAACAAGGUAGCAGCUCCUCUUGUACCUCGCAGAAUCGCAGCCAUCACAGUUAUCGUCAAGUUUAUCUAUGCUCGAACGCCCAAUACGACGUUGGCGCUGGGGAAAGACGUGAAGAAUCGAAACCCGCUGCGGGUAUUGAUCGAAACCGGUAGAGGGCCACAGAAGGUACUGCUUGCAAGCAGUGACAACGGCGAGUUUAGUGAUGCUGGGACGAUCAGAAUACAGCGUGUAGACUUGCGACCGGAGAUGCUGUACGACGGAGAUAUCUGGUUGGUUUUAGAAAGGCUCACCAGUCCUGGCAGUGCUAUCGAAGAAGGGUUCACUGUAGAGUUACUCGCGGAUGCACCUCAAGCGUUUUCGGCUGGGCUGUGGAGGAUUUGGGAUGAUUGAGAGUACUAGUACGCUUCCUUGCGUCUUAAAUACACCUUCAAAAUACAAACAAGAGCAAAGAACUUCGAAGAAAUGGUGUAUGAGCUCGCUAUAAUAUACCUUGAACACGAGUGCCAAGUGCCUACGAUUAUCUUAUACAGAACGAAACUCGACAGGUCCGCCGUUGUGAUCGGCAGAUAUCCUAAAUGCGCAGCAUUGGAACAAGAAAAAUAAAGAGAGACAUUGCGCUGCUAAGUCCUGCAUUAAAAAAAGAAAGC